AUGCACAAUUGUCUGACAGUUCCAGAGCUUCUGGGCAUACUCUUCGAAUGGAUAUUCCAGGAUGCGGUGCAAGGUUCUGCGGCUCUUGCAGCUCUCGCGGGCACCUGCCGUCUUUUCAGCCCGGUUGCGCUCGACAUUCUCUGGAGCUCACAGAUAAACUUGGUGCCUCUAGUCAAGCUAUUCCCCAGCGAUAUAGUGGACCAGGAAGCGGCAUCGGAUGGAUAUAACAUUGUGAGUCUAAAGAGGGCCCCCGAACUCGAAGAAUGGUCGAGAUUUUUGCAUUACGCCUCGCGGAUCAAGUGUAUCGGGCGACAUUACCCCCAAUGCCCUCCGGUAGUCGAGUUGCAGCGCGUCGACCCGCGCACGUACAGCAUCCUGUGCGACUACCGUCCCUCCGGCCAUUUCUUCAGCAAUCUGCGCCUAUUUGAGUGGAAACAGGGCGACGCGAACGCGGUCCACGAGGUCGACCACCUGCUCCUUCUCAUCCAUCCGAAGGUGUCCAAUAUGUCCAUCCACCUUAUGGAACCCUUGAACGAUGAUAUUCUGGUCGCGAGGUUGGAAGCCGCGCUGGGUCAGUUCAACGACAACUGUACCUUCCUCGAGGAUCUCACAUUUACCUGCCCAUGGACCUCGCCGCUUUCGGACAUGAUAUCGAACAUCGUUCUCCGGCACAAGCGACUCCGCAGUGUCUACCUCUACCAACAUAUCGAUACCCUGAUGCUGCGCGAGUCUAUGCUCCACAUUUCCGGCCUGACUUCAUUAGAAAAACUCACUAUCCGUGCCGACCGGUACGGCGGCAUCGGAUCCGCGCUGCACACGAUGCUCCAGGGCUCAGACCUCACGUUCCCGUCUCUCCGUCAGCUGGUCAUCUAUGCGGAUAUCUUGACCGCAGCCAGCAUGUUCAUCGACGCCGUGAAGUCCCCGAAACUGCUGAGCAUCUACACCGUCACGGCGUUCUCCCCCUCUGCUACCGAGAUGGAAGAGUUCGGGAGGCGGCUCGGCAAGCACCCCUCGAAGGCUGUCAUCGGCUCGCUCACUUUCGGGUGCGGGACGAGCAUCCCCCGCGAGCACGAAGAGCCUUUUAUCACGGGCGACAGUCUGCGGCCUUAUCUAGCCCUUCCGUCCAUCCACGAAUGCAAGAUCGGCGUGCGGCGCCCUAUGGUGGUCGACAAUGCGUUCGUGCAGGACCUGGCAAAGGCGUGGCCGCGGCUGCAAACGCUGGAUCUCGGGGUUCAGUGGCGGCGGUACACGGGCGAACCGGAAGUGACCCUCAAGGGCCUCAUACCGCUCGUGCGGCACUGUCCUGAUUUGCAGAUGCUUGGGAUUGCGGUCAGCACGGACGUUUCGGAGGUCAGGGCGACCGAAGAGGAGCCGCGGCCCAGCGGAGGAUACAGCAACGGGAACGUCUGGGCCUUCUCGGUGGGCACGUCGAUCCUGGAGAGGGUCACGCCUGGCGACAGGAUCGUGCUCGCCACGUACCUCGCGGACAUUUUCCCCCGACUGCGCCUGCUUAGUACGGUCUGGUCUCGAACGGAAGUCCAGGAAAACAUCGAGGAAGACGAGCUUAGCCCGGCCGAGUCAGAGCUGUGGGGGGAAGUGGGGAAGCUGGUCAAAGAGCUCGCACGCAUUCGCAGGCAAGAGAAUAAGUGGGUGGAGCAAGAGGCGGAGACCAAAAUGAUAGAGAUCGCCAAGCAAAACUGA